AGCUGCAACGAUUACCUAUGCAUUUGUUGCGCUUUAGAAAUGAUGCGCUGGAGCUGCAGGAAGAUUUCUAAUUUUAGCUGCAUUUAAUUGUCGCAUGUUUCUUUAGUUUCUGAUAAUUGUGUAUUUGUGUUGAUAAAUAAUUUGUUGCCGAUUAUUUUUGAAAUCAGAUGUAGUCUUUAAUUAGCGUAAUAUUACGACAUCCGACGGUUAACACAACAAAUUAGCAAUUACUUAAUUUGGAUUUAGUUUUGUACAUAUGCAUGCCCAUGUCAUCGCAGCUGGCUCGCCAGUUACCGGCCCCACCGUCUCCACAGAUUUUCUUCCGACAAGCACCGGCACGUCGCUCUGCAGGCGGCCUGGCACAGCUGGAUGACCAUGGUACUCACCCUGCGGAUGAUUGUAAUAAUUUUGAGUCGGAAUCUUUGUCGGGACCGCCUGAUUCAUCCUAUACUCAUCCCACUUCUGUGAUGGAUCACUACUGCCGAGACUCUCCGUCUUCCGCGUCGGACAGUACGCGCCGCUCCAUUCUGUCCACACAGGAUGAACCGUUUACUCCCAUUAGGAAUUUAGCCAUUUUAAACUAUCAAAAACGCAGCAUCUUCAGUCAUGUCUUAGCCGGACAUUCCGAAUCCGAUAAAGGCUAUGAGCCAUCGGGCAAAUGGCAGUGGUUUAGAGGGGUCUGGAAAGGUCACGAACGAUUAUGCCUGGCGUCGACAUUCCUGGCCAUCAUUCUGAUAAUUAUUGGCGGGAUUAUUGGCUUGUAUUUUGCUUUUCGUGCGUCAACAGUACAUUCUGUGCCCGCAAACGCUAAUCAAGAAAUCCAGCAUGCUCCACGAAUUGGCGUGCGGGUAGGAGAUGUGACCGUGGGGAUUGCACCGGAUUCGCCGUCAUUUGGAAACGAUUUGCUAUCACUGCCCGAUCCGUAUGAUGGCAAUAAACAAAAAAGUGCUGGCUUCGAUGUACCUCUUGGGGUGGAAGUGGAUUGUAAUGAAUUGUACACAUUUCGUUGCGGUAUUAAUCAGUGUCUGCCGAUUCCCGUGUGGUGCGAUGGGAAAGUGGACUGCGAUGACCGGUCUGAUGAGCUUGAGGAAUGCGCCAUGAACUGUCCGCCGAGAUUUUUCGCUUGUUUAAACCACAGUUCCAUUCGCUUUGAUAAAACCCACGACUGGUGUAUACCGGAAACACUGGUCUGCAAUGGGAUUCCGGAUUGUGACGAUCUGUCGGAUGAGUACUUCUGCCGGUGUAAUGCCGAACAAAUUCGCUGUACGGAUGGGAUAUGUAAGAAUCGCACGGAGAUCUGUCGCGGGACGGAUACCUGCACAUCCGACACGUCGGAACCACUGCACUGCAACUGCUUAGACGAUCUGGUGUCGCACAAAUUCUGCGACGGAUUCCCAGAUUGCGCCGACAAUCUCGAUGAAAUUGAAUGCUCGGCUAACUGCGAUGCCAAUGACCAGUACGCGUGUUGGCGAUCUGGUUACGGAUGCCUACACAAAACGUCGGUUUGUGACGGCAUAAGAGACUGCGCGAAUGGAGAAGACGAAGAGGAAUGUAUGCGCUUACUGGGAGACGGCGACUCUAUUCCCGACACUGUGGACUACGUUGGAUUGACCCGGCCGGCUGGAAUUGUGUUGGUGCGUCGCUGGGGCACAGAAUUCCACCCGGUAUGCCUGGCACCCACGUUUGACUUCCAGACGGAAUACGAAAUUCCUACUACACUGUGUAACCAUCUGGGAUAUGCCCGAUUAUUAUAUGCCGAGCCGCUGACUUUACCCAAGACACCGCAAAAUACACAGGCCAAAUUCUUUUCUUUGACGUCCCGCUUAGUUGGCAGCGAUCCCACCCGUUUCUUUGUCCCGGUGAAGAACUGCCAGUCCGGUAAUGUCCUGCGCGUGCACUGCACGGAGAUGAUGUGUGAACCGCGACUAUAUCGCAACAAGGGCGUGGUGGUGACGGAAAACGGAGAGCUGAUUAUUAAACGGCAAGAACAAUUUUUCCCCUUUGUGGCCCAGAUUUACAAGCGUGUAUGGAGCAGUUGGGUGUUACGAUGUGGUGCAGUGAUUGUGCAUCCUUUGUGGCUGAUCACUUCUUCCGGCUGCAUAGACAAGAACGGUUAUUUCAAAGUGUUGGCCGGACCUUAUUGGCAAGGGACCAAUCCAAAGUUGAUGCAGAGCCGUGACAUCACAAUGAUCGCCAUGCCACCGGAAACGUCAACAUCAAGCGGUCGCAACGAAAUACUGUUGGCCCGCUUGGAUCGUCGGCUAGAGUGUCAUGAUUACCUGCGGCCUCUGUGUCUUCCGGAUCCGAAUGUGCAGCCAGCUGUCCAUGCACGACUGCAGCCAACACUGCCAACCGCUGCCGGGGUCAACGUUAGUGGGAGCACAGUCGACUUGGCGCAUUGUGUGACACUGGGGUGGAACGUUACCUCCAACAGAGCGGCAAACAUUCCCUACCCCUCCGAGUUGCACGUUGGACGGGAAAUGCAAAUCGUAUCACCGGAAGAUUGCAGCCGCACUUUGUGGACACGGAUUCAGGAGCCGUUGGACUCGUUAAUUUGUGUGCGGGUGUCCAACCGUGAAAGCUCCAAUAUGUUGUCGGAUCCUGGAGGCGUACUGGUGUGUGCUUCACCCGACGGCUCCAAAUGGGAUCUUAAAGGCGUUCUAGCUGGCUAUAAAACGCGAGUAACUGGCAAUUUCGUCAGGAUGUAUGCUUUGUAUUCUCGAGUAGAUCAGCAUCUUGGGUGGAUAUUGCGGGAAUUCACCAAUUCUGAUAGCGUAUCGCCAUAAAUUUAUAGCCAGAAAAAUUGACGUUUUUUUACAUCGAUGACCUCUCUCACCAAUGUGUACUUAG